CCCUUUCCCUGGAGCCAGACAACGUCACCACCAGCCCUGCAACUGUAACCCAAGAAGUGAAAGAGGCAGAGAGGGAAGGAAGAGGCAAAGCUUUCAAAGGUUUUUAUUUUAUUUUAUUUUAAUUUGGUCGAGGCGAUCCAAGCCUCCCAAAAGAAAAAAAGUGGAGGUGGGAGGGAAAAAGAAAAGAAAAGAAAAGCCUGGGAUCAUCAGGAAAGGCACAGGUUCUGGAGAAGGACAAGGAGGCUCAAGAUCUGGGGGUGAUCUAGUUCUAGUCCCCUUGCCUUCUUUGGAUUAUCUGGACGAUCCUGGCUGCUGGGAAGGUCCUGUUUGCCAUCUGACUCAAAAGCUGUAGUGAAUGCUUAUAGCUCAAAUGCUUUCUAGUGGGAGAAAAUCCCAGAAAUAAGAAUGAAGACAUAAAGCCUCAAUAAGCAGAAAUUCAUGGUUGAAAUUACAAUAUACUUUUCACUUGAACAGACUUAUUUUGAACUUUUGGACUGAUGUUGCUAUAAUAUAGAUGGAUUGUGGUACAGGCACAAAUAUGGAACUGCGAAGAGCCUCCAGUCCUCACAACAUACAUACGAAUGACAUGAAUGAAGACACGGCUGUUUUGCACAGCUGUUGCAUCUGUGGCAAAAGCUUUCCUUUCCAGAGCUCCCUAUCUCAGCACAUGAGGAAGCACACCGGGGAGAAGCCGUAUAAGUGCCCUUAUUGUGACCACCGAGCUUCCCAGAAGGGCAAUUUAAAGAUCCAUAUUCGGAGUCACAGAACAGGCACCAUCAGCCAGGGGAAUGAAGUGGAAAUGGGAGGAGCAGUGCCGCUUAGUGAGACCAGAGUUUCAGAAGGCCUUGAAAGUUGUACCAGCCCUACUAAAAGCACCUCUGCCUGCAACAAGAUACUGAAUGGAGCCACUCCCACAGCAGAUGGCAAGAUCUUGCUUAGAAGCAGCAAGAAAGAAACAGGGCCAGAAGCACAGAUUGGAGAAGAUGGUAAGUUAUGUACUUUCCAGUGUACCUUCUGCAAAAACAAGUUUGAAGGGAAGAAAGAAUUGGAGCAGCACAUUCAUCAGGUCCAUAAGCCUUUCAAAUGUAGGCUGUGCAACUAUAUGACCUUAAAACAGGAGACACUCUUGAAUCAUAUAGAGAGGGACCACAGUACCACUCAGAUUCCAAAUGGAGAAAGGCAUGCUGAGAACGGCAAGAGUGAGUCAAGUGCAGGAGAGUUUCCUUGUGAAGUCUGUGGACAAGCCUUUAGUCAAACAUGGUUUCUGAAGGCUCACAUGAAGAAACACCGGGGAUCAUUUGACCAUGGGUGCCACAUUUGUGGCAGAAAAUUUAAAGAGCCCUGGUUCCUCAAAAACCAUAUGAAAUCCCAUGGCCCAAAAUCUGGGAGCAAAAAUAAGCCAAAAAAUGAUCUAGAGCCUAUAGCCACAAUUAAUGAUGUCAUUCAAGAAGAAAUGAUUGUGACUGGUUUGUCUCUGUAUGAAGUGUGUACCAAGUGUGGAAAUCUGUUUACAAACAUGGAAAGCCUAAAAGCACAUAAUUCUGUACAUUGUAGGUCUCAAGGAGCCCGUGGUGAUCAUAUAGCUGAGAGGCUGGCAGAUGGAGGCCUUGACCCAUGUAUAGCAAAGCAGGUUUUUCUCCAGUAUCUGAACUUGAAGCCAUGUGUAGGUGUAGAUGGCAUUCCAAGGCCCCAGUCAGGGAAAAGAGUAGCUGAGCUAGACCCUGUCAAUAGUUACCAGGCUUGGCACCUGGCUACCAAAGGAAAAGUUGCAGAGCCUUCUGAAUAUGUGAAAUACUUUGGAUGGGAUGAAAUCCUGGCUGAUGCUGAUGUCACUUAUGACAGGGACAGAAGGGAAUAUAUACUUGUCAGCCAAGAGAAGCGCAAGCAAGAGCAGGACUCAUCCAGUUCUUCCAGCAAUCCGAAGAGGAAGAACUGUACCAGUGGUCGUUCAGAGAAAAGCAACAGUACACUGUCAGGGGACAGCUGUAUCACUGGUGAAGAUGACUUAGAGUACAGACCCUCUUCACGGCAGAGCAGAAGGGCAUCACAGAACAAGUCCACUGAGUGUUUUGAGUGUGGGAAGAUCUUCCGCACUUACCACCAAAUGGUGCUUCAUUCUCGUGUGCACAGGAAAGACCGCAGAAGGUUCAGCGAGGUUGGGACAACACCGCAACAAGAUCGGUAUGGUUCAAACAGUGAGGAUGGUGACUCAGGAUCUGUCAGUGGGCCUAGCACACCGAGUUCUGCUUCAGCGCCUGAAGAUUCGGUCACUUCUGGAGUAGGGGAGGAGGGGCCUGAAGACAGUUUAGAGGAACAUGAGCCAUCACCAUGUAAAAAACCACACCUUUGUGCUUUUUCUGAAGAAACUGUCCCUGUGGCAGCUUUACAGUUCAACCAUCGAAGAAAUAUUUCAAGAGAAAAAAGUGCCAGUGAAUCUAAACUGGAGAGGCCAACUGCACCAUCUACACCAGAAAACAAAAUCAAAGAGCCCUUUCCAAAAUACUUGGAUGAUAAAUGUUCCCUAGAUUCAAAGAGGCUGACGUUUCAACAAAGUUGUGAUUCCCCUUGCUCCAAUAAGACUGUUGAAUCUCCUUCUAGUAUCAGCCAGACAUGUUCUUAUGUGAGACCGGAUUUGCAAACCUCUCUGGAGAUUCAGGACAAGCACUCUAAAAAGAAUUCUCCUAAUAUGCAUGAGCAUUCUACAGUCAAUAAAGAUAGUGAUAUACCAGAGGAGACCCCAUUAGAUCUAAGUGAGAAGUCAUCUAGGGCUGAUUCAUGCAAUACGAAUUUUACCUCAACUCUGCAGGCUGCUUUAAUCAUCCACCCAUGUCCUUACUGCAGUCAUAAGACAUAUUACCCAGAAGUCCUGUGGAUGCACAAAAGAAUUUGGCACAAGGUCAGUUGUAACUCUGUAGCUCCUCCUUGGGUUCUUCAAAAUGGAUUCAAGAGUAUAAAAAAUAAUGCAGUUUUUAUGACAAGAAGUGGGCGCACUGGACCCCCUCCUGUACUUGGUGGUAAAGAAUGCCAGCCUUUACCUAUAGCCAGAUUUACACGUACUCAGGUGCCAAGUGGAAUGGCAGGAUCUAAGAUAAAUUCCUCAGGUGUUGGUAUAACUGCUAAGCCUGGGACUGUCUCUAAAGAUGUACCAUCCACUGGUAGUUGUGGACCACAAUCUUCAGAAACUGAUGGAUACAAGCAGCCCAAACUCAACCACACCCAUGAACAAUAUAGCACUGUACCCCAACAGCCCCAAUUGAAAGUAAAAUAUGAAGUGAACUCCAAGUUGAUGCAAGCAGGAAGCAUUACUAGAUGUCCCACACCUUCCCAGACUGUUGUAGCUAAGCCCAUUUCACAGGUCUCCAACAGCAAACAAACAGAGAAAUAUGCACUUCCCCAGAUGAGUGCUGGGUUUUCUCCUUUAAGCAAGCAUUGCACAUCAGAUCCAGGGAAGGCCAAAUUUUUCUCUCCACCUCAGUACCACCCUCCAUGUAAAACUGAGCCAUACAUUAUUCAAGAAGAUUUGACAGUGCCUCAGCAAGAACCUAAUACCAAGAGAGAAAAUGACAUGAGGGCAAUGACAAAUUGUACAACAGGAUCCAGAACAAGUCCUCUGACACAACCUCAACCUCAGAGUAAUGCAGCAGGUCCACCUCCAACUGUACAUUCCACCAAACAGGAGCCACCAUCUGAGGGGCAUGAGAAGCAUUUAGAUAUUUUAAACAUCUUUAAGACCUCCAUUCCAAAGGAACUUGCUACUCUCUAUCAAACAUGGGGUGCCAAUAGCCCUGUACUGGACCAUGCUGGGAUGCUUAGGACACAAACACGCCAAGGAGACUAUCUCUGCAUAGAGUGUGGGAAAGGCUUUACUCAACCUAGCCACCUCAGGACUCACUUGAGGUCUCACACAGGUGAGAGACCAUUCCAAUGCAGAUAUUGUCCAUACAGUGCCUCUCAGAAAGGGAACCUAAAAACGCAUGUCCAGUGUGUACACCGGGUACCCUUUGACAACAGCCAGUACCCUGACCGACGGUUCCAGCAGCCUCUGAGCAGUUACUCAAACACCCCCAUGAAAAAUCAGUUGGAAAACUUCCUUGCAAUCCAUCCAGUCCCUGGAGCAACUGUGUUAUAGGGAUACUCUGCUCUGUGUUUUGUUAGAAGAGUGAUGCCUCUGCACUGUUAAUCAUUUUAAAAUAAAUGAAGACGCUACACAAGAUAUAUACAGAUUGACGUACUAAUCAGUCCCUGUGGUUUCUUAUUUCCUUUAUAAUAAACAGUGGUGUUGGCAAGCUUUGUGAUGGCACAAAGCAUCUAUAUUAAUCAAGGUAACUUUUUUAGACACUGGAAAAAAUUGAACUUUUUAUAAUUCGGAGGGCAGCACUGCAACAAAAUCCUCCCUUAUGGUUGUUGGAUAUGUUUUAUUUUUAUUUUGCAAAAACAAACAAAACCAGAGUGGAUUUGGGAAUGCGGAAAGGAGUGAUUAAUGAAACUGCCAUUGGCUGUCAUGCUGGAAAAAAACUACAACUCUUUUUUUUAUUUAAAAAAGAAAGGAAGAAUGCAAAAUGGAAGAGUCAACGCUGUGAAAGCCAAGCUUGAUGAAGGACAGAAGGGACUAAAGAGAGAAGCCAUCAUUCUACAGUGAGGUUGUUUCAUGAUAGUUUGGGGAACACUUGCAUUUCCGGUGGGCUUACCCUUGACUGCACACCAUUAAUAGUAUGUGAAUAUGGAAAUCAAAACACUUCUUUAAAAAUGCUUCUUGUCUCACUUUAGAAAGAAAGGAAGCAGCUAGUCAGACACUAAGAAGAAGACAAAUAAAAUAAAAUAAAGCCCCAACAGUCCAAGCAUCUGUGGGGGUUUUCUGUUUUGUUUUUGUUUGUUUUUUUACUCUCAGGGCCUUUCUGUUUAUUCUGCCUUUGCUCUUUAUUUAACAAUGCUACUUUCUGUGACCUGAUUGCAACGGAAAUAUGCAUGCUUUUAAAAAAGAAAUUUAAAUGGAGGAUAUACCACCACCCACCUAACAAAUAUGUGAUUCAACUGUUUAAAGCUGCUGAUUUGUAAGCUUUGAAUAGAUUUUUAAAAUUUUUUUAAAAAGAGGAGUUCAGGCAGACUUGGACGCUUAGAGGACAGUCUGUGCCUGUAUUUUUGUGGAACAAGCCAGUUAUCCUUUCUGGGGCCUGGUGACAUUGGGGGAGGGGGAAGACAGCAACGUCUUUUGUGGUGGCAGGUCAGUGUUCAUCUAAUGUGUCAUUUCUUGUAUUUGGUAAUCAUGGGGUAAUCAGGAGAGAAAAGAAGCUUUAUAUACCUCUUCUACAGUAACUCCUUUAAAUGCAGGUUUUCAAGGUAGGGGGAUGAGGAUGGCAAGUUGUUAACCAUGCAGUCUCUGCAGUUUAUUAAAAAAAUGUAUUCCACAGGUAUAAAUAUUUUCUUUUCCUUUAUUGCUGUGACACUGUGUGUGAUAGUAAUAAUUCAGAGUUUCAGAUUUUGCACAUAUAAUUUUAUGCAUCAUCAUAAAAAAAUUGCUGCCUUGAAAAAAUAUUCUGUGAAUUUUUUUGCAAAAAAAAAAGAAGCUUUACUAGUUUUUUUUAAUUGUAACAUUUUUGUAAAGGCAGGAAAAGGACCUUUUUUAAAAAAAACUAGCAUGCUAAUUAUAUUUUUCAAAGAAAGCAAUAAUUUUACAUGUACAGAAAUGGCGCUAACCUUUUAAUACUGAUUGAGAGCAACUGUUUACUUUCUACAAUAAUGGGGUAGUGCUGUUUUUGUAGUAAAUGGGCUUUUUACACAAAGAUUUUUUAAUAUGUAACCUUUCUCUUUCUAAUUUUUGUUUUUGUCUCUGUUGGAUUUGGGAUUCUACUUGUUGCAAAUUAUUUGACUAUUCUUGCUUUGCAGUUGUUGAUGCCGUUGUAAUGUUCCUAUGUGCUGUGCUGGUUUGGAAUUUUUAUUUUUAUUUUAUUCCCCAUAACUGUGCACCAGCUGUAUGCCAGCUGUAAUCCUGGUGUAGCUAAGAAUGUCUGUGCAAAUGCCUAUAUAAGUGAUUGUAAUCAGCUCUCUUUUGAAGUUAUCUUACAGAAAUUCACACAGACACAUUCCGCACCCCUCCUCCUUCCUAUCCUUUGUAUCCCACUCCAUCCUCAUCCCUGCCCCUUUCAUCUCUUAUUCUAGAUUAAAGAACAAUGGUUCAUUUUGGGAUUCACACUCAAGUGCUACUUUUAGCCCUUUAUCAAGCACUUAUUUUCCAUGUUUGAAUUAAAACAGGUGAGGAUUCAGAAAUGCACAAAGAUAGCUUCUAUGCUUAUUUGUGUUUUGGCAGUUAUUUUUUUAAAAAAACCAACCUUCUGUUUCCCCCCCAAAGUUAUGAGUUGUCAUGUGCAGCUAUAAUUAUUAUUUUUUUGUUGUUGGUUGGUGUGUGUGUGCGCAUGUGUGGGUGUUUUCAAUUGUGUUUUCAGAGUGUGUUUUAUUUUAUUCUUUUUGCAAGCUGAUAUGGAAGGAUCUUAGUUAAUAUUUAGAACUGAAAUGCUCUUCCUGGAGACUGUUUACUUCAGGACUGUCAGACACAGAGAGAAGAAAGUGCUGUCACUGCCAUUACCAGGGUACUAAUCAGCAAAGUUUACAAUCAUAAUUUAGCUACAUGAAGAACAACAGCAGGGGAAAUCAGUUUAAAUAAUUAUAUGCUGUGUAUAGCACAGAAAUGAGAUUUUCACUUAAUUAAACAAGAAAUGGGGUGGGAGAGGGGGAUCCUUCAUUAACGACCAGCCAUUUUCAUGUGUGAAUCCCAGGCUUUGUAAUUUCCUCCUUUAUCAUCCAUAUUGUAUUGAUUUCUUAAUUCAGUUAGACCCUAAUGCUUAGUAUGAUUUGUGUUUCUUAUUUAUUUAGUUCUUUGAGUUUCAAAUAGCCUUUAAAAGAAAAGAAAGGAAACUUGAUAAUGUUAUAGCAUGACACACUCUGUAAGCCAUCUUCUGACUGUUACCAAGACUUUCUACUACCUCUAUCAAUCUGUUUCUUUUCCUUAACAGGUUUUCUACAGUGUUGCAGUCUAAUGUACCUUAGACAAUAAAGGGUUUGAUUAUGAGCA